AAACAAUUUUCGCAAUCGAUAAGCUAACUAUUUUCGUUUCUGUUGACCGGCGAUAUGGCAAAGUUGGAUGAGCGUAUUGGAUUUAUUGGAGGCGGAAAUAUGGCCUUUGCUAUUGGUUCUGGGCUGAUUGCUGGAGGAAUUGUUAAGGCCAGCCAAGUUAUGGUGUCCGGACCGCAUCUUGAAAAUCUGUCUCGCUGGCGUGAUUUAGGCGCAGUGACAACUGAUGAGAACUAUGAUGUGAUGGAGCACACAGAUAUUAUUUUCAUUUGUGUUAAGCCUCACAUGCUAGCCCCGUGUGCAGCACAGCUCAAAUACAAAUACGUUCCAUCAGCAAAGGACGCUAGCAAAUUGUUAGUCUCGGUUCUAGCGGGCACAACAUUAAACGCCCUCGAAGAGAAAUUCGCAUUUAUUGAAACAUCGGCACUUAAGAUUAUACGAACAAUGCCUAACACUUCUAUGCAAGUGGGAGAGGGAUGCACUGUAUACGCAGGCAACUCACAUUGCUCGCACCAAGAUCUAGAAAAGGUCCAUUUGAUGCUUAAUUCUUUGGGUCUUGCUCAGCAAGUGCCAGAGACUAUGAUCGAUGCCGUUACAGGGGUCACAGGCUGCGGACCAGCAUUUGUUUAUACCAUUAUAGAGGCUUUUGCCGAUGGUGGAGUAAAGCAAGGCGUACCGCGCCAGAUGGCAUUGCAAUUCGCCGCCCAGACAUUGCUGGGCGCUGCCAAGACUGUGCUGCUGACUGGAAAGCAUCCAGCCGUUCUCCGCGACGAGGUCUGUUCACCUGGCGGUUCGACUAUUGUGGGUGUGCACGAACUCGAAAAGGGCAAUCUAAGAGCCACAAUUAUUAAUGCUGUGGAAAAGGCAUCAUUGCGGUCAGCGGAGUUGGGAAAAAAGUAAAGUGACCCCUUUGGAAUGUUUGUUCCUUCCUUGUUAUAGCUCUCUAGGCAUAUAUAUAGGACAAAUAGUUCUAUGUAAAUAUAUUAAAGUCGGUGAUACAAUCAA